AUGCCGGUGUGUGGUAAAAACUACCAUACUUUUCGACUUGGCUCUAUUAACGUGAGGACAGGAAAGUGUGAAAGUAAAUUAGCUGACUGUGUUCUACAGUUCAAGAACCUGUCUCAUGAUAUCUCAUGCAUGCAGGAGGUAAGACAGAAAGGACAAGGAGAAAUCGUUUUUGAUGACCCUAUUCUCAAAGGAUGGCGUGUCAUAUAUAAUGGMAUGAAAACAGCAAAAGCGGGUGUAGCUAUUGCCCUCGCCCCUCAUGUCAAUCUAGUGGAUAUGGAUCAUGCAAUCGAGGGACGUCUGAGCAUGGUGCGAGUCACAGUACAUGGGAUUAAGUUGUCCAUCUUUACCUGUUAUUGCCCUACUGAAGAAUAUGCCGAAACCACCAAACAAGCAUUCUAUCAAGCACUGCAUAAAGCGAUAGGACAGGUCAAGACAAAACACCCAUCRUACAAGCUAAUCGUCGCCGGUGACUUCAACGCCACAAUCGGGAUGGACUGUGAUCCAAUUAAAUGGCACUGUGUCGGGCGUUUCCAUGACCCCAAUCCUACGAGCUAUAAUGGUGCAAGAUUSAUAGAAACKGCAGAGACCAACAASCUGUUCUUAUUAAACACGAUGUUCGACACAAAGUCCGACGAGCACAGAUGGUCUUUUGUAUCAAACCUKGGUUACAAACGAAGACUAGAUUACAUCAUGUCAGAGUGGUAUGUGAAACGGGCGACGAAGAACUGCAGGGUAUACCCCAUACAGAGCGAGCCCUUCRAAUCUGAUCACAGGGUGGUAGUAAUGCAGKCUAGUUUUCCAACAAAAAGGAAGACAAAGCAAAUAUUCUCAGGUAAACCUAAAUGUGAAACUCGUCAAGAUGUCAGGCAGCUCAGAGAUGACCAGUCUGUGCAGGAUGCGUAUAGCUCUAAGCUUGACCAACUCAUGCAACACAAACCGGAUUCACAGAACAUGGAUGACGUCGAGGAGUUUAUAUAUAGUCGAUACGAUCAAACAAGCCUCAAAGGAGGCACUCCCCUCACAUGUAAAGAGCAUAAUUCAAAAACCAUGGGUAAAUCAAAAAUACCAAGAACUCUUGUUAAAGCAACGUCAUGA